CUCUUCCUGGGAGGGGGGAGUUAUUUGACGUGGCAGGAGGACGUGACAAUAGCUGCACAUCUCUCCUCUCAGCGGGGUUCAGGUUGCUCACCUUCGGUCCUCUGCAGGUGCUGGUCCCGGUGCUCGGUGGUCAGAACCGGAACUAUGUGGCUGGUGGUGCUGGUCGGUCUGCUCCACUGCGCCUCGGCCCAUGAUGUGGACCUGAAGAAGCUGGAAGGACUGGCGAAAGCGAGGGUGGAGUCGUGUGGUGGAUGACAGCUGAACAGGCUCAGAGAGGUCAAAGCCUUCGUGGUCCAGGACAUUCCUCUUUACCAUAAUCUGGUGAUGAAGCACAUUCCUGGGGCCGACCCUGAGCUCGUCCUCCUGAACCACUACUUUGAAGAGCUGGAUCGGAUCGCCCUGUCUGACAUGAGCCGCUCAGAGAUCAACCAGCUGCUGGAGGAGCUGGGUUUCUACAAGAAAACUGCAGAUGAGGACGAGGUGCCAGAGGAGUUCCGCUUCUCCCCCGCCAAGGACAGCCCGUUUAAAGACGAGCCGCCGUACGAAUCCUCCCCCUCCCCCUCCUCCUCCUCAGAGCCCAACGCAGAAGACAAGCAUACUGACCUAUAACUGAAGUAGCAAUCUCAUAUUUCCACCAAGCCCCAAAGCUGCUCCACGACCAGCUGGUUGAUGCAGUUGAUGACUGAAAUGCACGUCAAAAUAAGACCAGAAGACCAUGGAACAGCUUUUGGGCUUGGAAACAAUCUUAGCAUCAGCAACAGGCCUUUAAAAAGUCUGAAUUUUGCACAUAUUGAUGUUUGUUAUUUUUACAGCGAUAACAUCUGCUGCUUUGUGAAUGCUUUUCUACUCUCCACACCAAGACUGGAAAUGUGUAUGUCUUACAUUUGUUUUUGGUCCAUUAUAUGUGAGCUUUCUUCAGGAUCUUUGCCUCUCUUGAGUUCCCCUUGUGUGUCUGACAGCUUCCUACCUACUAUGAAACUGAAUGAAGCCUCAGGCUGAAACCUGUCGUCUGGCCUGAGGUUGAUGCUGCAUGUUCUGGUGGUCGGACUGAAGCACACAAGAGGAUCAAGUGAAAGCACUGUAAAAGAAAAUAAUAAAAUGUUUGAAAAAAUAA